CGAGCACGUACGCCAGCGAGAGAGAGGACGGCAGGGGACACAACGACGUCGCGUCAGUGUCUGCGUCUACGAGGGUGAUUUACGAGUUUAUUUCCGUGGCGAGUCGUCCGAUGUGAUCCGCAAACGCGCGGCGACUUCGAGAGGGCGAUUCCCAUGGACCGCCGUCGUCGCCCGUCCGCUGUCACUGUCGCUGUCGCUGUCGCUGUCAACGACGAUCGGCGUGACGGACCGUGCCAACUCGACCACCGCCCGACCGCCGAGCGUCGUGGCGCUUAGCCUCUCGACCCGGUAGCGAGCGAUCAUGCCCCCGGUCUCGGAGGUUGUGUUGAUCUAGGGAAACGCGGGCAACAGUGCAGGCGAUGUCAGCGAUGACAAUGGCGAGUGCCGUCGUCGGCAAUAAUCCGGAGAAUGCCUCCAAGUUCCUGGAGACUCUGCAGUCGGACCUCAAGGUACUUGCCUCGGAAACCAAGAAGAAGUAUCCGCAAAUAAAGGAGUCAUGCGAGGAAGGAAUUGCAAAGUUGAGAAUAGCCUCCAGUAACCCAGGGACAUCAAUUUAUUAUAUUGUAAAUCAAAUUCUUUAUCCUCUAGUUCAAGGCUGCGAAAGUAAGGAUGUAAAAAUCAUCAAGUUUUGCUUAGGCAUGAUGCAAAGACUAAUAACGCAACAAGCGAUAGAUCAGAAAGGUGCUCGAUAUAUUACAGAUACUUUAUGGUUGUUAAUGGAAUCAGGUACAGAGGAAGUUAAAGUUUUGCAGACGGUAACACUGUUACUUACAAGUAACACUGUAGUACAUGGAGAUAUCUUGGCAAGAAACCUAGUGCUUUGUUUUCGAUUACAUUUCACAAAAGAUUGUACAACGAUAAACACAGCUGGUGCUACUGUAAGGCAAUUAGUAUCUUUAGUGUUUGAGAGAGUAGUUGCCGAGGAUGAGCAAAGUCCUGAUCAGCCAGAAUCUGACGAAGUAAAUUUAGAAAAACUGAAAAUUCCAACGAAUCAAGCGCCUCAAGAUCUCGGUCCUUGCGCUGCAGAUGCAUAUUUGAUGUUUCAGGAUCUUGUACAAUUGGUGAAUGCUGAUCAACCGUAUUGGUUAAUAGGCAUUACUGAAAUGACUAGAACUUUUGGUUUGGAGUUGCUAGAGUCGGUUUUAAUAAACUUUUCGUCAGUCUUUUUUAAGCAUCCAGAGUUUAGCUUCUUAUUGAAGGAAAGAGUGUGUGCGCUUGUGAUAAAAUUGUUUUCGCCUAAUAUCAAGUAUCGUAAUUCGGUACCAGCGUCUUUGCAACAAGCUACGCCUUUAGACAAACCUUAUUUUCCUAUUAGUAUGAGGCUACUGCGAGUUGUGUCAAUUUUGAUACAAAAAUAUCAUUCCUUGUUGGUGACAGAAUGUGAAAUAUUCUUAUCUUUAAUUGUGAAAUUCCUGGAUCCUGAUAAACCUACUUGGCAAAGAGCUUUAGCAUUGGAAGUUUUGCAUAAAAUGACAGUUCAAGCAGACUUGCUGACAAAUUUCUGCGAAUGUUAUGACUUAAAGCCACAUGCUACAAAUAUUUUUCAAGACAUUGUCAAUAGCUUAGGUGCAUAUGUACAUAGCCUCUUUGUAAAUCCACAGAUGAUGAGUCAGACAGCAGCAAGUACAGCCAUGCCUCAGAGCACAGGUUCUCCAUUAUUCACAGGAAUGCCCAUCGGGCCUGGCGUAUCACCUCAACCCGGUUUUUAUUCACGCGGUAUUUGGUUGCCAGUGGUAGCAACAUUUACGAGCGGACAGGCUAAACCAACUUAUUUGGAAAUGUUGGAUAAAGUCGAACCACCGCAAAUACCGAUUGGUUAUGGAAUCAGUAUAGCUUACGCGUGCCUGUUAGAUAUCAUAAGGUCGAUCGCAUUAGCCAUAAAUGGAUCGAAAGACGACAGCAGCGAAAAUCAGAUCUAUCAGCCGAGUGAAUCUGAACGAAAGCUUCACGUACAAUUAAUAAACUCUAGCUGGUGUGGUCUAUUGGCAGCUCUCAGUCCGUUAAUAGAUGCCAGUACGGACGAAUCGGCAACAGAAAAUGUUCUAAAAGCAAUUCAAACCUUUGCGUCUCUGUGUGGUCAAUUGGACCUGCAAGCUCCACGCGAUGCUUUCAUUACUGCGAUAUGUAAAGCGUCUUUACCGCCUAAUUAUGCCUUGACUGUACUGUACAAUGCACCUCAAGGUAUACCAACGGCAAGACAUCAGGACUCGACUCAGUAUAACUUGACAAUGGGCGAGCCCGAUUAUAGGCAACAAGUAGUAGCCGUUGGUACACCAUUGCCAACGGCGUCUUUACCAAUUGGUGCUCAUCAAGGUCCUGUCAUGUUGACUGCGAAAAAUCUGCAAUGUAUGCGCGCCUUGUUGUCAUUGGCUCAUUGUCAUGGUAGCAUACUUGGUAGUGCAUGGCAUUUGGUACUUACUACUCUCCAACAUCUUGUUUGGAUACUCGGUUUAAAACCUUCUACCGGCGGGUCAUUAAAAGCAGGAAGAACCGCAGCUGAUCCGAAUGCUGUACUGACGAAUGCUGUUAUGGCGGAUCUACCAGUACUCAGCGCUAUGCUCAGUAGAUUAUUCGAGAGUAGUCAACAUCUUGACGACGUUGCUCUGCAUCAUUUGAUAGACGCUCUGUGCAAACUAAGUCAUGAAGCUAUGGAAUUGGCGUAUUCUAAUCGUGAACCUUCUCUGUUCGCUGUCGCUAAACUUCUAGAAACAGGUUUGGUAAACUUGCCACGUGUGGAAGUACUCUGGAGACCUUUGACAAAUCAUUUAUUGGAAGUUUGCCAGCAUCCGCACAUUCGUAUGAGAGAAUGGGGCGUAGAAGCGAUCACAUAUCUUGUCAAGAUGGCUCUUCAGCAUAAAUACCCGCAACCGCUCCGUGAUAAUCAAAAAUUACAAACUCUAUUGCUAGGGCCAUUGUCUGAGUUAUCGUCCGUGCGUCAUGGAGACGUCAGACAACGACAGCUAGAAUGUGUCUUGCAAGUACUUCAUGGUGCCGGGGAAACAUUAUACCAUGGCUGGCCUUUAGUUCUCAGUAUUAUAGGAGCAGUUUCUGAUCAUCAUGGGGAAGCUCUGGUGCGCAUAGCUUUCCAAUGUUUACAGCUGGUCGUAACGGACUUUUUGCCAGUGAUGCCUUGGCGAUGUCUUCCGCUGUGCGUUGAUACAGCAGCUAAAUUUGGAUCACAGACGCAAGAAUUAAACAUCUCGCUGACAGCUGUCGGUCUAAUGUGGAAUAUAAGCGAUUACUUUUAUCAGAACCAAGAGAAAUUGUGCGUGUGUCUGCGUGGAGAUUCGUCAUCGGUAUUUCCCGAUUUUCCUGGUACAACUAAUAUGCCAUCGUUCGAUAAACUCUGGAUGUGUCUCUAUGCAAGAUUAGGAGAUCUGUGCGUCGAUUCGCGACCCGCCGUACGCAAAUCUGCAAGUCAAACUCUAUUCUCGACUAUAUCCGCACAUGGUAGCCUUCUGCAUCAACCCACGUGGCAAGCUGUACUCUGGCAAGUAUUGUUUCCAUUGUUAGAUAAAGUAAGGAGCUUGUCGAAUUCAGCUAGCAGCGAAAAGGUUGAUACCAGUGGGAACAUACUUAUUCAUCAUAGCAGAAAUACAGCGCAGAAACAAUGGGCGGAAACGCAGGUUUUAACAUUAAGUGGUGUAGCCAGAGUAUUUAAUACGAAACGCCAAUUGUUGCAAAUGUUAGGAGAUUUUCCUAGAGCGUGGUCAUUGCUUCUCGAAUUCAUCGAGAAUUCUGCGCUUAGCAAGAACAAUGAGGUGUCAUUGGCGGCACUGAAAUCAUUUCAAGAGAUCCUCUUUCAACCAAAGGGAAGUGACGGCACCGAGGUAAUUCAGUCAAACGAUUCGGAAGGUUUGUGGACGGUGACGUGGCGCGUCUGGCUAAAUAUCGGAAUGGAAAGUACCGCGCCACCGCAGGAAGGCGAUACCGAGCCUUACGUGCCCUCCCAAGCAUUUCUGACUGCGCUGAUGCAUAUAUUCCCAGGCGUUUUCCAACAUAUUAGAAACAAGUUUACCGGCCCCGAUUUGCAGAAAUUAUGUAUCGUUUUGAAGAAUGCGGUAGCUGUUCCGGUGCAUGGCGAAUCGACGCCGUACAUUUUGCCGUCGGUGCCUGAUGUAGUUCUUACUCAUCUGCAAGAUGAAGUGUUACACUCUAUGGAGCUUUUGCAAAAAGAAGCGUUAAACGGCCCAGACAACUUACGUAUGAUGAUCGUACUGAUAUUUCUUCAAUUGUUGAGUUUCUCGAAGCUGGCGUGCGAGGCUCCGACCUAUGGUAAAAUACCCACGAAACACAUUUCUCAGAUCAGAGGCGUGUCCGCUGACUGGGUCACUAUGAAUUAUGUUCCAUUUGGCGAGAAAGCUCUGUCGAUGGUCGUAAGUUUAUAUCAGAAGACUGCGCACGAGAUGGCCGUGAUCGACGGUCAGGUACUAAAGCACAUUGUGGAAGCGCUGCAUGUACCGUUAGCCAUGAAAUAUGCAUGUCCAUCCGCGACCACAUGGAAAUUGGCCGUGACCAGUCUUUUGGCCGUUCUGCACACCGGGUUGCCGCUUGCCAGAAAAUAUCCCGAGCAGUUCCAAAGCAUGUGGCUCGAACUUGCGAGCACGUUAGACGAUUUCUUGUUCCCCAAAAGUGUACUAAAUGUCGAACGAGGAGUGGAAGAGAUCCAAGCCGACGAAGCAGUAGAUUGCCAGGUUAUGGAAUUACUGAGGGACGAAGUAUUACCGCAUUCUCAGCACAUACCUCAUCAAUUUAUAUUGAGAGUUGUUAUGCUUUUAAAUAAGGGCUCUAUACAUUCGGCCACUACAGCAAAUAUCGAGAACGGAGCAGAAACAAAAUUACGAGAAGAAUUCGCGAAAACUUGCUUCGAGACUUUGUUGCAGUUUUCUUUAUUAGAUGGACUGAACAAUGACGCGGAAAAUAGUCCUAAAAAGAAUUCAGAAAAUGACGAGGGCGGAAUUGCUGGACGUUUGGCAGUUACGGCUUUGCUGCAUAGAUUUCAAGAAGUUCUACGUCGAUAUAUUGAAAGUGAAAGACGGAGCGGAAAAUGUCCUUUGCCUAGGUACAGGUUGUCAGAGAUAUCGUUUGUUCUGAAAGCCGUUGCCACUCUCGUAGUAUCGCUCAAGAAAGCACCUCCCAACAAAGUCGAAAGAUCAGUAUGGGAACAACUGAUCGGACUAUACCCAUGUUUAGUGGAAUGCACGAUUGCAACUACUUCAGGACAAGUAUCUAGAUCCUUGCGAGAGGCUUUGUUGCAAUAUCAUGAUUUAUUGCGAGCACCGGUUCACAGCACGCCAACUCCCAAUGGCGUUUGACCAAUACAUUCAUUUCUUUUCACUGAGAGCGCGGACUUGCACUAAUAAUUGACGUACAGGGUGAGUAAUUUGCUUGUGUAACGACGUUCUGAUGUGUGACAAAAUAUACCUGCAAUUAACGAUUCUCUGGUUUUAUAUGGAAGAAUAAUGAGUUUACUGCAUAAUUACACGCCAAUAGUAGAAUAAAUAUCAUAUUAGGUCUUUUGUUGUAAGUACAAUUUCAGUAGUCUUGUACGAUCGCGAAGUAAUCUUCUAGAUCGCUGGAAUUUAUUCUGCUCAUCUGUCAAUAUACAUAUUAUUUUUACGACGUUGCAGUACAAUAAUAAUCAAAAUGCGAAUAGUUUUUAGAUUAACGUUCUCAUAGGAAUUUUGUAUAAAUUUGCAUAAUUUUCGUUUGUCGUUUUUUCGACUUUGCGAUUAUGUCAGGGAGAAUAAUAAAGAUCUCUUUAUCAGGUCUAUUUACUAGUAGCAAUGCGAAGAACUUUCAUUACAGGAUUGUUAUGUCGAUUAAAUUCGAAAUAAUUAGAAAGUAAUGACAAAUUAGAAAUUGAAAUGUUUCUCGUUUGAGAUAUAUGAAAUUGCGAAAGAGAAUUUAUUACCUAACAAAUAUUCUCCAGAGAGUGUAGGGAUUAUGUGUUCUAAUAGCGCAAUCGUAGUUUGUUAUCGUUCCGAGUAUACAAAAGGAAUGCUGUAUAUACCUGUGGGAAAUGUACAAGACAGCUUUUUUAAUUGGUGUGUUGUAAAUAUUAAUAUGAGAUAUAUAUAAAUACUAAGAUGCAGAGGCGAUUUUAUAAAUAAUAUAAACUAUCACUUACUAUUCUUACAAAUUGCGCGACGUCGUAAAUUAUAUUAUCAAAAUGUAAAUAAACUUAUGCAAAUUAAAUAAAGCUCUCUCUGAGCAACUGUUA